UUGGGAACGGCGCGCGUGUUAGUAAUUGAUAGUAGCGGCCAGCUUCAAUACUGCCGUGCAGUUAUUGACUCUGGAGCUCAGAGCUCAUUUAUUACAACUGAGUGUGCUCAACGUUUGGGCUUACCUCGAAAGAAGUGUUCGUUUAAUAUUUAUGGUCUCGGUGGAGAGGCUGUAAAAAAUCACGGCAUGAUUACAUGCACAUUAAGGUCCCUACACACUGACCUACCUAGUUUUACACUGAACAUGGUCGUAGUGACUAAGGUAUCUGCUGAUAUGCCUAACGUUCGAUUCCACUCGGACGUUAUUAAUAAAUAUAAGAAUUUUAAUUUAGCUGAUCCAUUAUUUUAUAAGCGUUCGCGUAUCGAUAUACUAUUGGGCAAUGAUAUAGUUUCGGAACUAAUUAAGGAUAAACCUUAUAUUAUUUCAUCGGAUAUACCAAGCGUGAUCGAUACCGCUUUCGGGUUUGUUGUAAGUGGUAAACUUUAUAGCAAUGAUAAGGACAAUUUAAAAAAUUAUAAUUUAUCAGUCUCAUUUGAUGAACAAGAGUCUUUAGAUCAAACGUUGCGUAAGUUUUGGGAAAUCGAAGAAUUGCCAAGCAAACCCUCGAUUAAUCCUUUGGAACAAUUAGCGGAAGACAUUUUCGUGGCUCGUUAUAGUCGUACUGAGGAUGGUACCUAUUCAGUGCCGUUACCAUUCAUACCAGACCCGCCUCCGUUGGGCGCGUCACGAGCGGCAGCCGAGCGGCGACUCUUGUUCACCGAGCGCAAGUUGAAUCGUUCACCUGUAUUACGACAAGCCUAUUCAGAGUUCAUGUGCGAAUAUGAAAAUCUAGGGCACAUGGAGCUUUAUUCGGGGGACACCCCAAGCAAAUAUGUGAUACCUCAUCACAGUAUACUUAAGCCCAGUAGUUCCACUACUCCUUUGCGUGUGGUAUUCGAUGCCUCGGCUAAAACGUCCACGAACGUUUCGCUUAAUGAUAUUCUAUUGACCGGGCCUAAUCUGUAUCGAGAUAUUGGGGCUAUAAUAUUGAAUUUUAGGUUGUUUGAAUAUUGUUUGAUUUGUGACGUAUGCAAAAUGUAUCGGGCAAUUAAACUGAAUCAGUCAGAUAGAUGUUAUCAACAUAUUUUGUAUCGUCAUUCGCCUAACGAUGCCAUUGACGUUUAUGAAUUAAAAACUGUCACUUACGGCUUAAGUUGCUCACCGUUCUUAGCUAUCCGCACCCUCUUACAGUUAGCCAAUGACGAGGAAGAACGUUUCCCACUCGCUGGAAAGGUUGUGCGCGAGGGCGUGUACAUGGAUGACAUUCUAUAUUCUUGUAGUUCAUUGUCACAGAUAUCUCGGUUACAAGAUGAACUUUUAGAGAUGUUUAAUUCCGGUGGCUUUAUACUCAAAAGGUGGGCGAGUAAUAGUGCAAAAGUUUUACAACGCGUUCCGUUAGAAAACCGAGAGCGUCCUGUUACAUUUAUGAAAGAUGGUAACAAAUAUUCAGUCAAAGUGCUAGGUCUGAAAUGGUUCCCUUUGACUGACUGUUUUUAUUUCACAGUAGAUAAGACUGAUAAAGUAACAACUAAACGUUCUGUUUUAAAAUUAUUAGCUUCUAUUUACGACCCCGUGGGUUUUAUUUCACCGUGCAUUUUCAUCGCGAAAGAGAUAAUGCAAGAUUUAUGGAAGCUGGGCAUAGGAUGGGAUGAGCAGCUGCCAACUGACGUAACUAAGCGCUGGCUUAAUUACGUUGAUGAUCUCCCGCGACUAACGGCAAUCAAGAUAGAUAGACAUAUGCUGCUACCAGAACAGACCGAAUGUGAAUUGGUCGCCUUUUGCGAUGCAAGCUCUCGCGGUUAUGCUAGUUGUGUGUAUGUGAUCAGUCGUAACGAUAGAGGUCAAACUAAAGUACGCCUGGUGACGGCAAAAUCUAAAGUAGCCCCCGUCAAACCAUUAACUAUCCCGAGGUUGGAAUUAAUGGCGUCAGUUUUGUUAAGCAAAUUAAUUAGAUAUGUCCGUGACAUUUUAACUCGUGUAAAAAUUACUCGUAUUACUGCGUUAACCGAUUCGACUAUCGUGUUGACGUGGCUUCAGACAGAAGCUUACAAAUUAAAGCCGUUUGUUAGUAACCGUGUUACUCAGGUAUGUGAAGUGUUACCUCCACACUGUUGGCGUCACGUGAGUAGUGAGUGCAAUAUGGCAGACAUAUGCUCGCGCGGAGCGUCUCCGUCACAGCUCGUGGAGUGCAGUGAGCAGUGGUUGAAGGGCCCAUCUUGGUUGUACGACGACUAUUCGCAGUGGCCAGUGAGAACAUUUAUCAACCAACAUGAAAGUAAUACACCCGAAAUGAAAUCAAAUCAUACAUUAGGCUCCUUCAAUUUAAUCACAAAUGAAAAUAAUUCGAUAGAGGAGACUAAGUUAGAGUUCUGUGACCGAAUCUUUUCCAAUUUCUCUUCUUAUUAUAAACUGCAACGUACGUUUGCUCGAAUAUUGAGAUGGUUCCGACUCAAAUCCGGUCACUCGAAGCAAUCAAUACUGACGACUAACGAAUUAAAUACUGCCCAAGAUGUUUUAAUUAAAUUAGUACAAAGUGCAUACUUCGCAAAUGAAAUAAAUAGAUUGUCAAAGGGCACAAAGUACGUUCCGUCGUUGAGAAAAUUAUCUCCAUUUAUUGACGAACGCGGAUACCUCAGGGUGGGGGGUCGAAUAAAUUAUUCAGCGUUACCUUAUAACGCGAAGCAUCCUCGUUUAUUACCUAAAAAUAGUAGAUUUACCUUUUUACUUAUUGAAUAUUUACAUAAAAAAUAUUUACACGUAGGUCCACGCACCUUACAAAACAUUAUUAAUCAAAAUUUUUGGAUUUUAGCAUCCCGUCGCAUUAUUCGGUCAGUUUUGUCCAAAUGCAAAAUUUGUUUUAAACACAACCCAGUGCUCUUACAGCCUGAGAUGGCACCUUUGCCAGCAGCCCGAUUGAUACCUUGUAAUGUUUUUGAGCAUGUAGGGGUGGACCUCGGUGGUCCGUUCUUUACAAAAGAAAGUUUACGACGAAAUGCUAGGGUUGAACGAAGAACUGAUGAUAUAACUGUCGAACUACAUGGCUUUAGUGAUGCAUCUAACAUUGCUUACGCUGCUGUUGUGUAUAUAAGAAUAGUUGAUGCGAAAGGCAAAGUUUAUUCAAGUCUUGUAACAGCUAAGACAAAACUAGCACCUAUAAAACAAAUUUCUAUUCCACGCUUGGAACUAUGUGGAGCAGUUUUAGUUACUAAAUUACUAAUAGAAGUAGCAAAAACAUUAAAUAUUGCACAAUUAAACUUACAUGCUUGGACUGAUUCCAUUGUUGUUUUGGCUUGGUUAAGUGACCAUUCCAGUCGUUGGAAAACAUUUGUGGCCAAUAGGACAUCUGAAAUUCUUAAUUUGCUUGAGUCGAAUCAGUUUUCGCAUGUAAAAUCUGAAGACAAUCCAGCCGAUUGCGCAUCUCGCGGUAUAUCACCUGCAGUUCUUUUAGAAAGCAAACUCUGGAAAGAAUGCCCCAGUUGGUUACUUGAUAGAUAUAUUCAAUACUCACGUCCAAAGAGUAUACUUACCUGUUUAGAGAAAAAGACUGUCAAAUCACACGUAGUAACUGAACAUGAUCCUGAAUUUUUUGAAAAUCUAUGCUUGAAAUUUUCAUCCAAGGAAAAGCUGAUCAGAGUAGUGGCAUUUUGUAGACGUUUUUUAAGAUUUAAAAAACCCAAUGAACAAAUAAUAACUCUACCUUCUUUCUUAACAGCAUCGGAAAUCAGUGAAUCUUUUAAUUGCUUACUGCGCCUAUCUCAACAGGAGGCCUUUGGAAAAGAAAUUCAGAGCCUUAUAAAAGAUGGGUGUAUAAGUAAAAAGAGUGUUUUAAUAACUUUGAACCCAUUCAUAGAUAAUAUAGGGUUGCUGCGAGUAGGAGGAAGGAUUCAUCGUGCUAAACUUUCCGAUGACAGCAAACAUCCAAUUAUCAUUUCUUAUGAUUCUCAGUUAGCUAAACUUAUAGUAAAAGAUGCACAUGAGAGUACAUUACACGGAGGUCAGCAAAUAACAAUAAAUUUUAUUCGAAGUAAGUUUAGGAUCCUUAGAGUAAAAAAUUUGGUAAGAUCGCACAUUCGCAACUGUAUAACUUGUAUCCGUUAUUCUGCCACGACCCAAAAUCAGUUAAUGGGACAGUUACCUUCAAGUCGAGUGACACCAUGUAAACCUUUCCUCCGUACAGGUGUAGAUUAUGCAGGUCCUAUUGACUUGAGAAUGUCUAAAGGCCGAGGCAACAAGUGUUAUAAAGGAUACAUUUGUCUAUUUAUAUGUAUGGUGACACGAGCAGUGCAUAUCGAGGCUGUCUCUGACUUUACUACUCAAGGAUUUCUCGCCGCCUUUAAGCGAUUUGUUGCUCGCCGUGGCCACUGUAGUGAUAUUUAUAGCGAUAAUGGGACAAACUUUAUUGGAGCAUCAAAGGAAUUAAAGCAAUUAUUUUCUAGAGAGAAACAUUCGAUGCUUAAUGAGAUUGCUUCUGUAUUAGCAAAUAAUAGUACAACUUGGCAUUUCAUUCCUCCCCGAGCCCCUAAUUUUGGCGGGUUAUGGGAAGCUGCGAUCAAAAGUGUAAAACAUCACUUACGUCGUAUUAUAAAUAAUUCAACUCUCACAUUUGAAGAGAUGUCAACUGUACUCUCACAAAUCGAAGCUUGUUUAAACUUAAGACCUCUUUCUCAAGCUAGUGGCGAUCCCGAUGAUCCAGUACCAUUAACUCCCGGCCAUUUUUUAAUAGGACAAUUGCUUGUUGUUGCCCCCGAUAGCAAUUACGAAAUUCAAAAUAUGAGUACCUUACGUCGAUGGCAGUUAACUCAAAGAAUGAUACAGAAUUUUUGGCGUCGGUGGUCUAAGGAAUAUUUGGUUAAUUUUUUUCAACGAUAUAAAUGGAAUUCGCAAAUAUCUGAGCCAAAAGUAGACGAUAUUGUUUUGGUAAAAGAAGAUAAUUUAUCGCCCGCUAAAUGGCUCUAUGGUAGGGUUAAUAGGAAAUUCAUCCAGUCAAAGAUAAUAUAA